UCUUCUUUUGUGGCCUUGGAAGCUGUGCCCAUUUAGCCAGCAACAUUUCUUAAAAUUAAUGCCUAACUAAACCUACCAUACAAGAAAACCAUUACGAACCUAAACGACCAAUCAAGGAUACGGAAGGGAAAGUAAAGUUAUUUAAAAAAUAAACUGUUGUUAAAAUAUAAACUAAAUAAAUAAAAUAUAAAUUGAAAACAAUAAUUUGACAUUAUAAAUGUAACCUCCAAUAUUAUGACAGACGUCAGUUACCAUGACAUCAUAUAUUAUACUCGUCACUAAUUCUAGCCAAUGAAAUGCUUGCUGUAAUAGGAAUGGCAUAUCAAAAAAAUCUGACUAUUCUCUAUAGGUAUAUUUUUUCAAAUUUAGAAUAUGGCAACAAGGGGAAAGUUAUGUGCAUUCCUCAUUGUUUGACUUUUCCUAUAUCUUUAGUAUCAGGUCAUCGUACAAUACAAAUACUUCCUGCAAUGAUUGGAAGUAAUGCAGAACAAGAAUUGAAUUUGGAAUCGCCGAGAAAAAGGAUUGGUGUACAAAAUAAGAAAGUAUAUAAAGGACAACAAACAUCUUCCAUAAGCGAUCAAAAUUGUAUAACUGAAAUUCAGGAAAUAGAUUCUGCUCCACCUUUAGAAAAACUGUAAAUAGUAUUUAAGGCAACGAUUGUGAAUGAAUGAGAAGUCUAAUAAAGCCACGACGAGAUACUGUAUUAGAGUGUACGAUUUGGAGGUAUUUUUGAUUAGAUAAAUUUUGUAAAGUACAAUAUAAAUUAGAUUUGAUAAUGUGUAGUAUUUCCUAAUAAAUUAAAUACUAUUAAGUGUUUAUUGUUCUUGUAAGUUAGUGUGGUAAAUAAAUAAUAUGAAGUAA